UACCUAUCGAUGUCACAUCGAUUUUUGCUUCUUAAAACAUCGAAAAGUUUUUUAUACCUCUACCGGAGUGACAGGCAACAGUCUGGAAAUUUCUAUACAACAUUCAUUCUUCUGUGUGCAUUUGCCAUGGAAAUUAAACUAGAGAUGGAAUAUUACUAUGGAAACGGUCGCCUUCGCCGGGCCAACGAUGAGAAUAGAAACAACCUAGAGAACGCCCCAGAAUCCGCUUCGCGACCCGACGCGGUCGCACGAGAUGGGGGUCAUCAGGGGCCAUCGUCGAGCAGUCACCGUAGGAGUAGGACCCAUCAGCGGAUUCCAAGUAGCAGGUCCCACCGCUCCCGGAGCAGCAGAGCGGGUGCCGCGCCGCCACCACCAGGCGAGGUCCACCAGGAGCCGUCAACGGAGCAAUCCCCAUCGGCAAAUCGAACGGCUGUUGAUUUUAAAUCUCUAUAUCUACCAGACUAAUUAGCUGAAAGAGAUUUAUGAAAUGCCAUAGUUUCGCAUUUAAGAGAAGUACGUAUUUCCCUCAAGGGAAAUCUUACCAAGAAGCAGAAGUGAUGAAACUAAAUAUAUCGACUUUCAUUGCCAAUUUAUAUCAAAUUUGAGUCACAUUUGUCUUCGUCUCAAACUAAAACUUAAAUAAUUCAAAUAAAUUUAAAUCAAUCAAAUGAUUG